CACCUCCCUGCUGCUGCCGAUCCCGCUAUUCCGCGGUCCCAUUCCCACUCUCCCCGACCUCCCGCACCGUCUUUCGCCGUCACCAUUUCCCGCGCCGCCACUGGCCUAUCAUCAACGGUGGUUCAUCUCCCGAGCCUCCAGCAGCUGCAAUAUCCUCAGCAAAGUUAAGCGUUCGCAGGCUGUUCGAAGCAAUGCCUCAGAGCAAGAAGGCUUCAAUGGCUGCACCUGACCGCAUCAGCGCCCUGCCGGACGCUGUACUGCAGCACGUGCUCACGUUUCUGCAGGCGAAAGAGGCGGCGCAGUCGUGCAUGCUCGCCCGUCGCUGGCUCCACCUCUGGAAGUCCCUGCCCGUGCUCCGCGUCACUGGCGGCCACGUGCAGGAGUCGCGCGAGUUCAUGGAACACCUGCUUAUCCUCCGGGACCGCACACCUCUCGACGCCUGCAUCUUAACAUUCCACAGAGCCUCUUAUGAUGAUAUGCGUUAUGUGAUGCUGUGGAUUCGGUAUGCUCUGCUGUGCCAAGUUCGAGUGCUCAAUGUUGCUCUCAGUCGGGCUAUUUUUUGGCAGCUGUCUAGUGCGCAUCUAGUCUCCCACAACUUGACUGAAUUGAAUCUAGACCAUGUAUGUGUAGGAGACAACUUUCUUGAUUUCUCAAACUGCCCGUCGUUGGAGGAGCUCAGGAUGACAGAAUGCUUCAUUCAUUCUGACUGGAUCUCUUCUCCUUCCCUCAUAAGUCUGAGCAUUGUGGAUUGCUAUCUUAGUGAGGAAACACGAAUUGGUAUCUCUGCUCCAGGUCUCAUUUCACUUCAGAUAAUCUCUUUCGUAGGUGCAAUUCCUUUGCUUGAAGACAUGCCAGGGUUAGUAACGGCAGCUGUUACGUUUGGCGAUGGAUGUGGGGAUUCUAGUGUGAGACUUGCGGAGCGUGAAAUGGUUUGUGAUGACACAUCUUGUGAAUGUUGUCACGGCAACAAUUAUUGUGGUGUUGCUUGUUGUGAGUGUUGUUAUGGCCUUUCUGAUGCCAGUAAUGCAGGCUGCGUUCUUCUCAAUGGUUUGUCAGCAGCUACAAAUUUGAAAUUGGUAGCCGAAUCUGAAGUGUUCAUUAUCAGAAAGGAUUUGAGACAGUGCCCUACAUUUAGUAACUUGAAGACUUUAUUUCUCAAUGGGUGGUGUGUGGCUGCUGACCAGCAUGCGCUAAUUUGUAUUCUCCAGCAUUCACCAGUUCUGGAGAAUCUCACUCUCCAACUUUCCAAGACUCCAGAAGGUAGCUAUGCCAUGAAAACGACCUACAACCUAUUGGAACAGCCAUUUGCAUCUGAAAACUUUAAAAAAGUUUUAGUCAUAUGUCCAUAUGUUGAUCAGAGAGUUCACAACAUUGUGAAGUCCUUGAGCACCUAUGGCAUACCCCCUCGGAAAAUUUAUAUCAAGACAGACAAAGAAAUCAUCUGAUUGUAACUUAUCUUAAUUCGGUCUGCACAGGUUCAGCUCAAAGCAGGGAGGACAAGAUCUAGGCUGUUGAUGGGUCCCUAUCUUUCUUUAUUAGUACCAACUGCGAAGCUUAAUGUUCCCGCCUUUUGUCUGUGUGGAUCUUCGUAGGAAUGAGCAUAUGCACUUGGUAAUAUUAGCUGUUGACAUGUAGCAGGAUCUGGUUCUGAACUUAUGCGAGUUACUUAUCGAUAUUGCUGAUGCACUUUUGCUUCACGCGUUAAUUUGUAAUGCACAUUUAGUCUUGCUUCUUUCAUUGCAAACAUUUCUCCUUGUAGCUGUGACUGGGUCUGUGUGCAUGGCUGCCCAUUAUGACAGGAAGACUCGCGCAUCAGUGUUAGC